AUGAAGUAUCUAUACUUUUCGGUGCGUACCGCUGACAAGUUUUUGAGCCUGGCAAAAAUACAACAUGGCGAAUUUGUGACAAGAGCUCUUAAUAAUCGUCUUGUGUCAAAUCAGCGAUUAGAAAUGACUAUUUAUAACCUGUACAUAUUUGAUCGCAAUGGUACGUGCCUUUACUAUGAGUCUUGGAACAGAAGAAAGGAGUCAAACUUGUCAAAGGAUGAGGUACAUUCGAGUUGUUUGUCCCUGAUACUUGUAUGUUGUAUGUAACCCAACUUGUAUCACUUUGUAAUCUGGGAAUAAUUUCUUAUUGUACAUUCUUACAAAACGGGAUGGCCUUCGUGUGCCACCCUAACAUGUAAAUUUUGUCCAUCUUAAAGUGACAGCGGAAUACCCUGAAUAUUUUCUAUGAACCACCAUACCUUCAUAUCUGGCAUUUAAGCAAUAGAAAACGUUUUCCGUGUUUGCAUCGCCUGAUAUAAACACGAGAGGGGUUGGGAGAAUUCAAGACAGUUCGUCUUGGGUUUGCAUAACUGUCAAGAAUUCUCCCAACGGCUCCCAUGUUUAUAUCAGGCUAUGCAAACACAAGUUUUCUAUUGCUUUUAUAAAAUAACUUUCCCGAGAAAAAACGCAAAACUCUUUGUUAUUGCACUGAUUAAAAGAGAAAUUCUUACCAGUCGCAAAGCCUUAUCCACGAAGUCUUGCACGCGUAAUCAGUUCUUGUUUUGCAAAAAGAUGCUUUCCAAAACACGGAUUUUUCUUGCUUAAAAUGUCAGUAAGCGAAGAAAAAUUAACACACCUUCUUUGUAACAAUUUUUCAAGUUUCAGCCGACGAAGGAAUGGUAAAUAAAGUAAACUUGUUGAGUGUUGAACUCGAAAACUUUUUCAAAUUCGUGCUUGCGUGAUUAGCGCGCAAAAAGCAAAACAUCUUGACGUGACUCUUGACGCCACAACCAUGUUUACAUACUCUCAUGCAAACACUCCUCUCGGCCAAUCAGAGCAUGCGUACUAUCUUAGUUAUUUUAUAAUAAGCGAUGUUGGCAUUUUGGAUACCCACUAGAGUCAUUCGCACGUACCAACACUGAAUGUAGGGGGUUGGCACAGUCUUGGUGCCAUCCUUGGCAGGUUCAGGUAGGGGGUCUAGGGGUGCUGUGUGGAUCCUCUCUUAAUAAAGCCAUCAGGAUCCUAGCCUGUUCCAGGAUCUCAGAUAGUGGGGAUGGCGUGUAAUUGAAAGGCACCCAAAAAUAUGAGUGCCCGAUCUGGGAAUAAGGGGGCAGUGGCUGGAAAAAGGAAGGGAGAGGCCAUUAUAAGAAAUUAUUACAGGCUCUACCGCCCGUCUUCUCCCAAGUUCCUCUAAUUAAUAUUUCGAGUUCAUGCUUUCUCAUGCAGACCCGACUAUCUCAGAACCUGGAACAGGCUAUCAGGGUCCAGUUGUUUUGUUCAAAAGGUGGAUAACGCUAUCCUCUGAAUAUAUCUCUAUUCAGUGGAUAACACAAUCAGUUUUCCUGAUAUUUUCGACUGCUGGACAGUGUUUUACCCACUGGAUAGUGCUAUUUAUUUUCAACCAACCAGCGCAGAUUAUUGUUACAUCUUUUUAGUGGUUUGAAACUGAAACUGCUGCAACAUUUAUGGGAUAUAACCAUAAAGAUUCAAACUUUCUUGCUCUAAAGUUUCUUUUUUUCCUUUUAGGAAUUCAAGCUUAUGUAUGGUAUGCUGUAUUCAAUCAAGUCAUUUGUGGCUCGAAUGUCUCCAGCAGAAUCGUAUCCUUACAAUUUGUAAUUAACCUGUAACACGGAAGUGCAUGAGGACCAUAAUUGGUGCCUGUUGUACAGGCUACCAAUCUGCCAGUCUUUACAUGACUGAAAUAGUGAAACAAGUUACUGUAAAAUUCAUAACAAAUUAACUGGUAGUGAAAAAACAAUGUAACCAGGUACGGAAACUUGUGCAUUAUUAGAAAUGAAAUUUAUUUAUUAGUUUAUAAGACUCAAUAAUGCUGUGCUUCACCUGUUUUACUGUUCAGAAAAAAUUAAUAGUAGAGAACGCUGUUAGGCUAGAAUAGAGGAAAUGGCAAGUUAUCUAACCUGUACUACAAAGUUGGUAUGCAAGACUCCUCUUUUUCUUUCCUGAGAUAGCAGGCUAGCAGGCUAAUUUCAUUUCUAAUAUUAUUUUACCCUUGAUUCAAACACAGAAAAGAAGGCUUUCUGAAUUACAGAACAAGCAAAUACAAACUACAUUUCUAUGAAACACCAACUGGUCUCAAAUUUAUUCUGAACACAGAUUUGAAUGUGGGAAGCACAAAAGAUGUUCUCUUCAAUAUCUACAGCAAGGUGUGUAAUGCCCUGUGUUUGUGGAAGAUUGAGAGGGGUGGGGCACUUCCUAGUUAUAGGUUAGUGGGGAGGUACUGUUAGAUGGGCUCACAUUUUCAACUUGAACAAAGCACAUUAACGGUCAUUCCACCCAUGAUACAUUUAUUACAGUCACGCCAGGUCAAGCUCCCGCCCCCCCAAGAUUCCAUUAACAAAUUUAUUAUUUGAAAGUUGAAUCCAUUGGAAGUUGUAGAUUUCAGAUUCAUCUCUGCAUUCUUGCAUGGGUAAUGAACCGUGAAUUCACACGUGAGGCAGUUUUGAAAUUUUUACCAGCUCAGUUUCCCUGAAUUGAUGUAAAUGUCUUUGAAGCAAUUUUUUCUCUUCAAAGAUUUUCAAUCUGACCAAAUACAGAGUAUUUCUUUUAAAUAUUCACUACUCAUUAUGCAUGCAAGAAGGCCAAUUUGAAUUUGAUACUAGUUACAGGAACAACUUACCGGUAGUAAUUGAUUCAUUAUUUUUUCAAAAAAUAAUCAAUUCAUUAAUAGAAUCUUGGGGGGGGUAUGCUUGACGUGCCUUGACUAUUAAACAAAAGUUUAACAUGUUUUUUGGUGCCAGGGAAUUCCAUAGUGAAGGUAAAACAGGAAGAGAGGAAUUUGCGAUGAGUGCCAUGUUACUAAUAAUUAUUAUGGUGCCACAGUUACUUGUGCUGAUUGUCCUCAAUAACACUUCAUCAUCCAAAGUGUAAGCGAAUAGGAGGUGGUUAAGUUCUUAUGUUCAUGUUUAUGCAUAUUUCGUGACUGUUCCAUCUAAUGCACUAAAGCUGCUUGAAUGUGUUUUGUGUAAUCAGUGAGUACCUAGCCUGAGAUUUAAGCAUUGGUGAUGUGACAGCUGGAAAUAUGUCUUCUUUAUUUUGCAGGCUACUGCAUACUAGGAACAUUAAAGCUUACUGCAGCACUAGAUUAGACACCAGCCCCAUUCCAAUUUUUUUUGGUCAAUUAAUGCUUAACACUUUUGGGCUUUUUAUCCUUCUCUCUUCAGAUUUAUGUCGAAUAUGUGGUAAAAAAUCCACUCUGUCGCCUGGAUGAACCCAUUCAAAGCGAGCUGUUUGCUUCCAAGUUGGAUACGUUUAUCCGAAGUUUGCCCAUCUACAACUGAUCAAGAACACGUUGACAGUUUACUUGUGUACUGAGCAUUAAAAAAAUAAUGAAGCCAAGAUUAGCAUAAAGACAUUUCUUGCAAGAUAAUCAUACAUGCCAGUUUAUAUUAACAGAAUUAAUCUUCUUUCAAAUCAGCUAUUAAUGGAGAAUAGUUCACAAAUGCAUCUCAGAAAACAUUUGUCAUGAUUGAAGUUAACCAUCAACUUAAUGUUAUUUUUAAUAUUACAAAAAAAAGGAAAAUAUUAAAAUAUGAGGUGCUGCAUGUCACAAUAUGGGCUCGAAAAAUCAUGAAACAUUAACAGGAAUGAGUCUGCCCUCCUUUCCAGUCAACAUUGUACAGUUUUGACAUGCAAAUAAUCCCCAAAGCAAGGAUGCUGGACAAGCGCAGAACUAGUUUUGUCAGUGGAUCUAAACAAAACAAGACAGUUUUCUAGAUGUUCC